ACACUUACGUCCACUUCUCACUUAAUCGCGGGUCUGUGGGACAGCAUUGCUCCUUGCUCCAUUGCUCGCUGUCGUGUUUUUACGGACUAAUCGCCCACGAAGAUGCUCCUCAUCUCCGCUCUCCUGCUGUUACAGAGCCAGUUUUGUGUCCCAGUGACUGUGAGCAGCAAUAAGCCGAAAGUGGAGAUCCAUGAGAAGGAAGACGCCGUGCUGUCCUGCGUGUUUAAGACGGAGAGAGACAGCCAUCCCCGUAUCGAGUGGAAGAAAAAGGGCAGAGAGAUAUCGUAUGUGUACUUCAAUGGAACAUUCAGAGGGGGGUUUGCAGGCCGGGCGCGGCUGGAGGGGGCCACGGUGACGCUGUACAGAGCCACGCUGCGCGACUCAGGGGAGUAUCGAUGUGAGAUCAGCGCCCCACUGGACUCCAACACCCUGGGAGAGGCUGAGGUCAGCCUCAGAGUGCUGGUGCCCCCCCACACCCCGCAGUGUGAGAUCCCCGGCUGGGCCCUGGUGGGCGGGGUGGUGGAGCUGCGCUGUGUGGAUGAGCUCAGCUUCCCCCCCGCCACUUACCGCUGGUACAGAAACAACCAGCCGCUCAGCGCCCCCCGCCAUGGCAACCACACCUACAGCCUGGACCCACAGAGAGGCACGCUGUUGUUCAGGGCUGUGUCUCCGGCUGACUCUGGGAAGUAUCGCUGUGAGGCCUCUAACGGAGUGGGGACGCCAAAGAGCUGCGAAGGAAAACACUUAAAGAUCGAUAUGUACGAUAUGAAGAUGAUGAUGAUUAUUGUGGCAGCAGCAGGGGGCUUCCUCUUCCUGUGUGUGUGUGCGCUGGGAGUGUGCUGCUUCUGCUGCUGGAGACGCCGAUCCCGGCUUGAAAGGAAUGAAAAAGGGAAGGGAAGGAGCUCCAGUAGCUCUCUUCCAAACCCUCAGCACUACAGACACACCCAGUCCUUUGUGCUGUGAGGCACAUACUGCCUGUCGUUUCCAUGACAACACUAUCCUUGACACGGGUCGUCCAAUCACCAGCAGAAGGACCGGGCAGGACUGCAAGUACAGCAAGCACAGCAGGACAAACAGCAAUAAUCCUCUGCACUGCAGAACAACCACUCACUUGUGUGCUCUUGUGGUUCUAAAAUGAGCACACAGGCACGGACUUCUCCCAACAGAGAGAUGACUGAAACUGCAGCAUCCAACUCAAACGCCCUUUACCAAUGAUUUAAUCACCCUUCCUACCCCCUACCCCAC